ACCUCGCACACCUGUAUGUUUGUAAACAAACACCAAAAAUGUUUUGAGUUGAGUUUUUACAUUUUCAGUUUUCUCUAUACUUUUUAUUAAUUUCCUUAGCUUUUUCAAUUCCAAACCUUUAAAUCUACUGCCUCCAAUUAACAUCUCUCUCAUGUGUUCACUCAUAAUCACUUCCAUUUAAAUUCUUAUCUAAAAACCUACUUAUCAGUUGCCCAAUCAAUUCAUAAAUCACCAAAAAAAUGGAUCAGUUAGGUGUAGAAAAAAGACUCUCCCUAUGUUAUUUGGUAUGUGUAGCACUGGGGGGCAUCACAAGUAUCAGUACUGGGGUGGCAUGGGGCCACUGGUAUCGCACAUUGGACCAGUGUGUCGGUAGAAACUGUAGCUGUAUCAUUUAUGGCAAAAAUACACUGUCCCACUUUUUAGGUGGAGGACAGUCACCAUGCAUCUGGGUAACAUUUGGACCACUAAUUUAUGUAUUUUUUUGCUUGUGUAUGACAUGUUUUCAUGGGUAUCGAGUGCUUUUUACUACAAAAUCACCUAGGACCAGGACUACCCGAUCUGUAUUGGCCAAAAUGGAGCAUGGCUCGACUGUUCAAAUAACAACAAUAACCCAAGAAGACACCAGUCCCUUACCACGCACAUUCUGGAUAACCCUCUCAGUAUUAUCCAGUUUGUUUUUCGCUUAUGCCCUGAUUCAUUUUGCCAUAUUCGUGGAUGGUUAUUAUACGACUUGUGGACAGUACAAGAGGGUACUGGAGAAGCUGCUGAGAGUGGAUGGUACUGCACAACCAGUUAUUUAUCGAAGACUCUACUGUCAGUCUAUAUUUGAUUUUAUGGAUUAUAUGCAACUGGAUACUGGAAACGCUUAUACGAGUGGCUACAUCAAUACUGGAUUGGCGUUAAGUUUUGGUUUGUCGGCGUCGUUUUUUGCUUGGGUGUUGCUUUUUAUGGCGGGAGUUUUGAAUGUUAUUAUGGCCAAAAGGAGGGAGUAUGUCUAACAGGUUCAGGUAUUUUUUGUCUUUAUUAUUGCAAGUUUUUUUUAUGGGAAUUUAGCAAUACAUUUCAUCACAUUCCAGUUUCCUUUUUGGGAUUAUAGCAAACAGUAUUAUUCAUUUCCAUUAAAUGAGAAAAAUUGUACUGGUUAAACGGCAAAAUCUUGCCUACGACAAGUUUACUGCAACGGGUAAAAUUUACCAUUUUUAUUAGUUUAUAAGUUUUACUUUUGUAUUAUUUUUAAGUUAGCUCUUACUAUGACUGUAAAAUUCUUACUGUUUUACUGCCUUAAAUAUUGUUACUGCUGCCAUACUUUUGAUCU